AUGUCUUCCUCAUCACCAUCCAUCGAUCUCAAGAACCUUGCCACCCCGCCCAAAUGUACCGCCGACUUCUGUCUCAUCCCCAUCGGCACCCCGACCGCUUCCGUGUCCGCCCAGAUCGCCGAGGUCCAGAGACUGAUGAAGGCCAGUGGGUUGAAGUAUAGUAUGCAUUCGGCGGGGACUACUGUUGAAGGAUCCUGGGACGAUGUCACCCGCCUCAUCGGCCAGGCUCACACACUGUUGCACGAAAAGGGCAUCGUACGGAUUCAGACCGACGUCCGCAUUGGAAGCCGGACGGACAAGGCACAGACCAUGGAGGACAAGGUCGCCGCCGUGGAGAAGCUUCUUGCGAGUGAUCAAUAA